ACCAGUGCGGGAUCGCUCGGUAGAUGCUGAGGCAGAGGCGGAAAGUCAAGAAGCUGGAGAUGUCUUCACCACUUUACAUGGAGUUCCUGGUGGUGCAGGUGGGAACAUGGCAGGAAAUGCCAAUCGCCGAAAAUCUUUGGCCCAGUUGACGCGGGAAGCUUUACCUAGACUCGAUAAUUACAGACUGUCAAAACGUCUGAAACGACCGAGUUUGGGAGAACUUCAUGGGGACCCAGAAUUAGGAAAUAAGGAUAACACUUUAGAAAAAGAAGCCACCGAUGGCCCAGCACACCACGGAAUAAAAUUAGGAUGGAUUCAAGGUGUUUUUAUACCAUGCCUUCUAAACAUAUGGGGCGUAAUGUUAUUUUUGCGUCUGUCGUGGGUAGUGGCACAAGCUGGAAUAAGUCAUUCGCUUCUCAUCAUUGCAAUUUCAUUCAUAGUAUGUGUUGUAACAACAUUAUCAUUAUCUGCUAUUUGUACAAAUGGAGAAGUAAAAGGAGGCGGUAUUUACUACAUAAUUUCCCGGUCUCUGGGACCGGAAUUCGGCGCUGCUGUAGGCAUAGUAUUCGCCUUCGCAAAUGCCGUUGCAGCCAGUAUGAACACUAUAGGUUUCUGCAAUUCCUUAAAUGAUUUGCUCCGAGAAAAUGGCUUAAGUAUUGUCGAUGGAGGAAAUAACGAUGUAAGAAUUGUCGGUAUAGUUGCCCUUCUCAUAAUGAUUGUCAUCUGUGCUGUUGGGAUGGAAUGGGAAAGCAAAGCCCAAAACUUCUUAGUUGCCAUAAUUGCUGGCGCUAUUUUUGACUUUCUUUUAGGAACCUUGAUGGGACCAUCUGAAGAAGACAUGUCGAAGGGAUUUAUGGGAUUCCAGGUAAGUGUAUUCAGACAAAACUGGGAUCCCGAUUACAGAUUCAGUGAAAAAAUAGAUCAAUCAUUUUUCUCAGUAUUUGCUAUAUUUUUCCCAUCGGUUACCGGAAUACAAGCAGGAGCUAAUAUUUCUGGAGACUUGAAGGAUCCAGCUAGUUCUAUUCCAAAAGGAACUUUGUUGUCUCUUGCUCUGACUUUAGCAAGUUAUGUGAUUUUUGUAUUUUUUGCUGGAGGAGCAGCUUUAAGAGAUGCAUCUGGUAACUUAUCAGAUGUGAUCAAUGGAACUGUGAUAGCAAAUUGUGGUACAGAGGGUUGCGCUUAUGGACUUCAUAAUAGCUAUUCUGUAAUGCAACUAAUGUCUGCCUGGGGUCCAUUCAUCUACGCCGGUUGUUUUGCCGCAACCUUAUCGACUGCUCUGACAAAUCUACUCUCCGUGCCGAGGUUGAUCCAGGCGCUGGGCAUCGAUAAAAUCUACCCUGGUUUGAUAUUCUUCAGCAAAGGAUACGGAAAAGCUGGUGAACCAUAUCGAGGCUACGUGCUUACGUUUAUCAUUUCCGUUAUUUUUUUGUUAAUAGCUGAACUGAAUGCCAUUGCGCCUUUAAUAUCAAACUUUUAUUUGGCCUCAUACGCUCUCAUUAAUUUUUGCACAUUUCAUGCUGCAUUAAUUAAACCGUUAGGAUGGAGGCCAACAUUCAAAUAUUACAAUUUAUGGCUGAGUUUAGCAGGAUUUGUUUUAUGCGUCAUCAUCAUGUUUUUGAUAGACUGGGUAACGUCGUUGAUUACAUUUAUCAUCAUAUUUGCUCUCUAUCUCAUCGUUGUUUACCGAAAACCAGAUGUGAAUUGGGGUUCAUCGACCCAAGCACAGAUUUACAAAACUGCUCUAUCAUCAGCAUACCGUCUAGUCAACAUCAGUGAGCAUGUGAAAAACUACAGACCCCAAAUCCUGUUACUAUCGGGACCCCCGCAUGCAAGACCUCCUCUGGUUGAUUUGGCGUACGCCAUCACCAAGAAUAACUCACUCAUGAUCUGCGCCAAUAUACAGGAGGACCGAAUUUCAUAUCGCGUUCGCUCCAGGACACACAAAGCUGGAUUGAAAUGGCUUUGGGACCGUAAAGUAAAAUCUUUCUACAAAAUUGUAGAUGGACAAUGCUUUGAAAAUGGAGCUAAGUCUUUAGUCCAAUCUGCUGGUAUUGGUAAAUUAGCCCCAAAUGUUUUGAUGAUGGGCUACAAAGCAAACUGGCACGAUUGUGAAAAAUCAGCGUUGACGUCAUAUUUCAACGUUUUGCAUAAUGCAUUUGAUCAGCGCUUCUCAGUAGUAAUUCUCCGAUUACGCGACGGUCUGGAUUUCGAUCAACUAUUUGGUGAAGUAGAUUACGCACCAGUACCAACUGGUUUGCAAACACCAGUUUCAGAAGCAAAUGGUUUCACAAAUCCUGUAUUUACCUUGAAUGGUGAACAAACCAUAACCAGAGGUCCUCCACUCAAAAUGGCUAUGUUUGGAGCAGUUGGAACCCUUGGGAGUCUGGCCGCUUCUGGUGCCAGAGGAAUUCUGCAUGCAGACAGUAAUUUGAAUUUGGCUGCAAUGGCUAAUCAAUCAGAAGAUACUGGAACUUUAACUAGCCAUGUGCUUCAUAAAUCAGCGGCUAAAGCUUUAAAGAGUGCAGCAAAUCGACAGAAGCAGCAGGAUGAUUCUAUUGUGUAUUGCACAAGAAAUGGGUCGGAAAUUACCAAACGCGCUAUAACCAGCAUAUCACUGUUCCAGAAACGCCAAGCACCAGGAACGAUAGACGUUUGGUGGUUGUAUGACGAUGGUGGUUUAACAAUUUUGUUGCCUUAUAUUUUGAGCACUCGUUCUUACUGGUCGGAAUGUAAAUUGAGAAUAUUUGCUCUGGCUAACCGACAACAAGAAAUGGAAUUGGAAGAACGCAAUAUGGCCAAUCUUUUAUCCAAGUUCCGUAUAGACUACUCAUCAUUGCAUAUGGUUCAAGAUAUAACGGUAGAACCAAAAGCUGAAUCUAAACAAUUAUUCAACCAUUUGUUAAAUGGAUUUAGGGAAUCAGACCGACAAGACGACGAUGACGAAUGCUACGUAUCUGAUACCGAAAUGGCAACUUUACACGAAAAAAGCAAUCGUCAAAUGCGUUUGAGAGAACUCCUUUUGCAGCAUUCCACCGAGGCCAAUUUGAUCAUAAUGUCCUUACCAAUGCCCAGGAAAGGCACCGUCUCUGCACCGCUUUACAUGGCCUGGCUCGAGGUACUAACGCGGGAUAUGCCCCCGUUCCUGCUGGUUCGCGGUAACCAGACAAGUGUUUUGACGUUCUAUUCGUAAAAAUACGAAUUUGGAUAAACAAAGCAGAUUAAAUACGUAUUAUUGUUUAAAUUUAAAAUACAUAGUGUAAAUAAGUUUAGCGUACUAAUACAAAACAAGAUGGUCCAAGAAUUAGACUGAGAUUGAACUGUGAAGAGUAUUUUUGAGAAACCUAUGAAGUAAAC